AUGGAUUUAGAGACGGCGAAAAACUCGCUCGAAACGAAGCUAACAUUGCUUCAAUUAAACGUGAAAAGAACCGAAGCUACACUUCAAAGUGAGCAACCUGAUGCCAUCGAGAGGCACUGUAAGGCUCUCAAAGCAAUCGUCGACGCCGUAGAGGAUUGUCGAAGAACAGUUGAAGAGCAGAAAAUCAUAGAGAAAGAAACACUAGAAAAUAUUGGCGAAUGGAAUAUCGAGAUCAACGAGAGACUUGCCGAAGCGGACAACGACGUUAAACGUAUGAAAGAAUGGCUCGAAAGCCGUCAACGUGACGAAAAAACGAGAGAACGCGAGGAAGAAAUUAAACACGAGACGAAAUUACACGAGACAAGGAUGAAGUUCCAAACCGAGUUACAAACAGCGAAGUCCCAGCAAAACGAGCAAGGGGAAGCCGAGACUAAAGCUUCACAUGUCAACGAGACAACUACGGGCAUACAGGCAAGAUUACCAAAGUUAGUGAUAGCAGAGUUCGACGGUUCGUACACGGAUUGGCUAAGAUUUUGGGGACAAUUUGAAGAAAUCGUGGACAAAACCAGCGUUGCGGGCAUCACAAAGUUAGCGUACCUACGGGGUUUGUUGUGUAAAAAAGUACGCAAAGGUAUUGAAGCGUUGCCCUUUACAUCUGAGGGUUACAAUCGGGCGAAAAGUAUACUAAAGAGUACCUAUGGGAAGGAAUCGGAAGUGAUAAAGGCAUACACAAAGGAGAUAAUGGAUUUACCUCAUAUUUCCAACGUCAACGUGAAGAGAAUACAUGAGUUUAGCGAGAAACUAAUGAACUGCGUUCAAUCACUUCAGACUUUGGGUAAAUUGCAGCAAGUUGAAGGGAAUGUCGCGAUGACGCUCGACAAACUACCGGCUAUACGGGGCGAUCUUGUACGUACAGAUCAAGGUUGGGAGAACUGGGGCUAUGAUAAACUAGCAGAAGCUUUGCGCCAGUGGACGAGAAGGAAUCCUAUCGACAAAGCGGCGGACGAGCCAGAAUACAGACGCCGCGAACGUACUAGCAAAUUCUACCAUGCACGCCAAAACAAGGGAUGUGUUUAUUGUGAUGACGCCAAUCACAAGUCCGGGGGGUGUACGAAAGUGACGUCGGCGAACGAGCGAAGACAGAUCCUAGCCAAGCGUCAUCUGUGCUUUAAUUGUACCGGUGCGUCACAUCGUGCGUCUGACUGCCCAAGUAAAUCGAAGUGUUUCAACUGCGAAAAGCGCCACCAUACAUCGAUAUGCGACCAAAACGAAGAGAACCGAGAAAGGGUCUGA